AUCGAAAUGAAUGUCAAAACAUAACCUAUGAUUAUAACCUCACAAAUUAUCAUUGGAGAAAAUAAUUCAUUGUCAAAAUUGAUUUAGAAGCAUUCCUUUCAGCUCAUAAUCAUUUUGAUUAGUGUGACUUCGAGAUAUAUUUGGAUAUGUUCUCUGAUUUCAUUUCAUUUUCUGGAGAAAAAAUAACUGAAUUUGAAUUCGGCUGUUCGAAGGUGCUGCCAGGGCUUUACGUGGGAAACUAUAGAGACUCCAAAGAUGCAAAUCAAUUAAACAAGAACAAAAUCACCCACAUCCUAGCAAUACAUGACACAGCCAGAAGAAUACACUCGGAUAAACACUAUCUCUGUGUUAUGGCAUCCGAUUCACCCGACCAAAACCUAGCACAAUAUUUCUCUCUAUGUAACGACUUCAUCCAUGCCGCUCGGCUACGUGGCGGCAACGUUCUCAUACACUGCCUUGCUGGUAUGUCACGCAGCGUGACCGUAGCUGUUGCCUACAUCAUGACUGUAACGAACCUCAACUGGAAGGAAGCCCUGAAGGUCGUCAAAGCCGGUAGAUCUGUUGCUAAUCCGAACUUGGGUUUCCAAAAACAGCUUCAGGAAUUCGAGUCCCUAAGGAUCGGUGAGGAACGUAGAAGACUCAAAGAGAGAUAUCCCAGUUUGGCACUGGUUAAGGCGGAUCGGGAGCAAUGUAUGCUAAUGUUGGAAAAUUAUGAAGAACUUUUGCAGUCAAGGUCAAUUUGCGAAGGUCGAUGUGCCUUGGGCGAGGAGUGCCCUACAGGUCUAUGCCGGUCCACCCCACAGCGAAAGAGGUCAAGCCGUAAUUCCGUCCGGUCAAAGUCCGAAAUUACUAGAAGUCCGAGCACAAUGAGCAAUAAAAGCACGAGCAGUACCCCUGCAAACUCUUCCAGACCCAGGUCUGGCCCACCAGGCCUCAGGAGUUAUACCGGAUCAACACCACCAUCUAGAUCUGGAUCUAGAGUGGAAUUAUCUUCUGGUUCUCGAACAACGCCUUCCACCCCACAAGGAAGCCCACCAAUUUCGCCGAAAAGAUCUCUUAAAAAAACCAUAUCGGUUCCACUAGCCGUACAUGAAGACGAGGACUUAUAGCAGAAGGUAGUCAAUAGUAAUUCAAGGCAAUAUUCAAACGUUGAUCAUAGCCAAAAAUGAAACAGAAACUCUUUCUUCUUUCUUGUAGAAGUACAAAUUGUAAGACACCA